CUCUCGGGUAUCACUCCGAUGACGACCAAUUAUCUUAUGAAAAACCUAACCUAAACAUAACAAGGACGGCUUGCGUGUAUCGCAGAUUAGAUCAUUUAUCAUUUCUUCCAAUGUCAACUGUGAAACUUUCCACAUCCAUCUCUUGAAUCCUUUUCAAUCGGACAAACCAAGUGGCGCUCAUGAUAGACGUCGUGUUACAAUACAUGAAGCCAAAUUUCGCAUCCCACAGCGUUCGAUCUUACUUGGUUAACCAGUCAGCCUUAAGAUAUGAGAAGCCGGAAGUAUGGGGUAUUGUUGAGGUUCCUCUGCCUACCUUACGACCUGGUGAUGUCCUGAUCAAGGUCAAGGCCUGUGGUGUUUGCGGUACCGAUUUACACAUACACGAGGGAGAGUUCAUUGCCAAAUUCCCUCUAAUUCCCGGCCACGAGACUGUUGGCGAGGUUGUUGCGGUCGCCGAUGAUGUUAAGGGUUUCCAGGUUGGAGACCGUGUCGCUGCGGACAACUCAGAGCUCUGCGGUCAUUGCUUUUACUGCCGAAGAGGUCAGGAAUUGCUUUGCGAGGAUUUCAAGGCCCAUGGUGUCUUGGGAUUAGACGGUGGUUUUGCCGAAUACACUGCUUACCCUCAAGGGAAACUCUUCAAAAUCCACAACAUCAGCGACGUCGAUGCUACCUUAAUCGAACCCGCCUCUUGCGCCUUACAUGGUCUAGAGAAGAUCGCCCCGAAACCUGGAUCUCACGCUCUGCUGAUCGGUGCUGGUCCUACCGGUCUCAUGAUGGCCCAAUUCCUACGACACAACGGUGUUUCGCAAUUAACUAUUGCUGCCCCCGAAGGUUCCAAGAUGGAACUAGCCAAGAGCCUCGACGCUGCCGACUUCUAUGUACCUCUCUCCAGAUCGAACCCUGCCCCGCAAUGGGAACAGAUCAAGAAGAACAACCCAUACGGCUUCGACAUUGUUGUGGAGGCUAGCGGUAGCUCCAAGGUCCUCGAGGACGCCAUCAACUAUGUUCGCCGGGGAGGCAAGCUUGUCUGCUACGGUGUCUACCCCAGCCGAAAAAAGGAUAAGCUAUCUAAUGUUUAUAUGAUUUUCAAGACUACUUACUCACUACUUACUACUACUGAUCUAGACGAUAGAGUUAGUUGAAAUUGUAUGUAGUCAAAAUAAUCUUUUGAUUCUAAACACCUAGUUGAACAAAAUUCUCCGAUUCGUUGCCCCCCCUUGGAUCCGCGAUUAGAUCGAUGCUUUUCAUCUUGCAGUUAGGAUGAGCCAAUAAGAGACCAUGUUGAUUUCCGAAAUAGGGAUGAGGACUAGAAAUGGCGUAGAGAAUUUGUGUUGAGAUGAAAUAUAAUUUGCCAGUUCUGCGGUCCGUGUCGUCAAUGUAAAGUAACCAUGACCCCACGACCUUGAUGGCCAGCUAUGCUUUCGUGAGUUAACCGCUUAUGCACCCACGGCAUUAAUAAUAAUCUAAUCCUAUUCA